AUGAGUAUAUUGACUUCGGUUUUGCCAGGCCGGUCUACCUCAAACGGCAAGAGCAUGCCGUCAGGUACUUCAUCUGGAAACACGGACGCGAAGUUCAUUGCACCAACACUUAAAAUCAACAAUGACGGGUUGGACACUCUCCAGUUCCAACAGGGAGGGAAUGAAUCAGGAUUAUCCAAAGACCAGCCUCGUCGUUUUUUUCUUCCAAUGGUUUUGGAUUCAGUUAAUGAUGUAAGCUACAAAAUCAGUGUACCUAACUUUGGCAAUCUUCCUCCUCUCAGGUUAGGAUCAAAGUACAUUACAGAUCUCAUCAAAAUCGAUUCGAUGGUGCCAGGCGAUUUGUAUGGACCUAAUUAUUUGAACAAGGACUCUGGUGUGGAUAACUACUACUUUGAUGCAGAGAAUGGAUUGGGCGCCUUUUCUCGCUUUGAGAAAGUCUCUCAAGUUGAUUUGCCAGACAAGUUUUUCGAAGAGUACAACACAACUGAGUGCCUGACGAAAAUGGGCCUCUUCCCCGAAAUCAACCGUUCAUGGAUUGUGGUUGACAACAAAUUAGUUUUCUGGAAUUACAAAGCGCCACUGUCUUCCUUCAAUAAAUCUUCACAAUUUCUAACCAUCGAUCAGAUACGCCACUCAAUUUUAACCGUCAAGAUCGUGAAACCGAAAGCUGGAGUAUUCUUGAAGGAAGUUAGCCAUUUGCUUUUAAUUGCAACUACUUUGGAUAUUCAUAUCUACGUGAUCAAGUAUGAUGAAACCUUGAACACUUUGGACAUCUACAACCCAAAUUUGUCAGUGAACUCACAAGGUUUGAUUGUCAAUCAAUUCAUAGAGAAUGAGGUCACAAAUGACAUUUAUUUCUGUGGUGAAGGGGAUGGCGUUAAUGUCUGGAGACUUGACUAUUCCAGUCUGGGAACAUUCAUUAAAAAUAAAUGUGACAAAGUUUGCCUUACUAAAAGUGGGUUGUCUUCUGUCCUUCCAAUCGGGAAAAUUGCAGGGUAUGAAUUGUUUACUGAAACUAGCAACAAACGAACUGAAGGGGCUACUAAAGCUUCUUCAAUCCCCGAGGCAAUUUCUCAGAUGGAAAUUGACGCAGAAAGGAACAUCUUGUACACUCUUUCGAACAAGUCUGUUAUCAGAGUGUACAAAUUAUCCCCUCAUCAAGAGCAGUUCUCCCAGCAUAGUUUAUUGACUCCAUCAGAGAUUUUCAAAUCCGUUUCUCAAAUCUUUUCAGACUCAGCUAAUUUCAAAUCAUUCCUGAAAUUCAGAAUCGCCAGUAUUCAAGCGAUCUCUCAAAAAGAAUCUUCUAACGUGCAACUUAUUGCAAUCACGAAUUAUGGCAACAGAAUUCUUUUGAAACUAGGAUCUAGUCCAGGAUUUUCCUCGUUCUUAUACACUGCAACUAAAGCUAACUCAUCAUUAAAAUUAUCGGUUGUGACGAUGAGAUUUCCCCCAUCAAAGGAAACGCCAAAGAUGAACCCAGAAUUAGAUUCGUACACAAGAAUCAAACAAUUCGUUGCUCAAACAGUAUCGAAUCAACGAACUUCUGAACUUUUAAAAAAUACGAAAUUCGCUAAAAUCAUUAGUCCAGGUGCAUUCAUCGCAGUUAAAAAGACUAAGGGGUCUGAUAGGCUCUUCAUUAGUUCGGUGAAUUAUGGAUUCUUGAAGCACAACAACAAGCUCGUUGAAGAUGCAGAGUUUGUGAACAUCAACGAAAGCAGCGCUCGCAACUCAGAGAAUCCUGUUUACAUCCAUGACAUUGUGCAACUUACACCUUCUAUGAAUGCCUCGGAUACACCAAAUGGUUAUGCCAAUAUUCUUGCAUCACAGUACACGAAGAAGCCACUUCAGUUUGCAGUUUUGACAAACUAUGGCCUCAUAGUAUACCAAUACCGUACAGCGGACCAAAUCAUUGGUUCUCUCAAGGAUGAAGUUAUUGAAAACUUCAUUGACGAGAAUGGAUAUGAAGAAACGUGUUCCACAUUGUUGUACUUAGCAUGUUCCUAUGGUCACCAUAAUUCCAAUGAUUUGUUCAAGAGGAAGGCUUCUCUCCUAUUUUCUCAUGCUGGAAACAAUGCAAGACUAGUUGAAAAUUCGCAACCUUCAAGUACCGGUCAAUCACACCUUCCUAUCCAGCCAUCAGAGCAUCAGCCGAUGGUGGAGCAGGUUGUUUUGAGUGAUCGCUUUUAUGGUACGUGUUUGUUGAUUUCUCGAUUGUUUAGAGACUUCUGGAACCGUAAAGUCUUUGAGCCUUUACCUCAUAUCAAGAUCCUUCCCACGGGCUCUGUUGAAGUGGCAUCGAUCAAAGAAGAUAAUCUUUUAAUCAAGGGAUUGGCAAUCGAAAAAUCUCAAGUGGAAUUCUUCAUUGGUUCUGUCAUUGUUCUUUUGGAAUUUUUUAAUGAAAACCUCAACAAGAUUCCAAGUCUCAACACUCCAGGAUUUAGCUCUGACCCUACAAAGGUUGACAAUGAAGUUUGUACUCGGGCCGAGCACAUCGCUUUCACGUCGAUUAUCCGUUCCUUAAACUCUAUGAAAGAAGCUCUUUCCUUUUUGAUGGUUUUGAUUGAAGAAACUCAAUCGAAUCAAAACAAUUUCAAUGAAAUUUUCAAAUAUUUGGCCACCACUAACCAAUUGAACUUGUUGACAUUGACAUUCAAGGACUUAUUACUACCUAGUCUAGAGGUCAAGAAUCUUAUCAAAGAUUUGUUGUCAUCCAUCAUAAACAAAAAUAUACUUAAAGGAGGGUCUAUCGAUUUGAUUGCUUCUUCUUUACAAGGUCGCUGUGGAUCUUUCUGUUCGACUGACGAUGUUUACAUUUUCAAAGCCAUCGAGAACUUGACAAGGGCUAAAAACAUUGGUAGCAGAGAUAAUGAGAUGAAGGUGAGAUGCUUAAAUAAUGCAGUGGCACUUUUCGAGCAAGCAAGCGACUCAUUGACUCUAGAAAACAUCGAAAAUUCUAUUGAUAUUAUGUUGUCUUUAGAUUUUUUUACGGGCGCAGUUGAAUUCUUACUAAAGCUUGCUAAAAGAUUAUAUGGCUUACCAAAUGGUCAACCUACGGGCCUAUUUAAUGCAAGCUCAGAAAACUCAGCCAAUGAUAUGACCAAGAAGAUCGCCGAAAACAAGAAGAGAAGAGUUCAGUUGUACGAUCUCAUUUUCAAAAUCCUUACGAAAUUGGACGUGAAGGCUAUUCAAGUCACUGAAACCCACAAUCAGCUCCUCAUCAAUGAUUUUAUUGAGUUGAGAGAUGCAACAUAUGAUACUUGCUUUGCAUCCACUGACAAAGCUUUUCAUUACGAGUUUUACCAGUGGUUCAUUAAUCAAGGCUGCAGUGACAGACUUUUGACCGUGGAAACCCCAUACAUUUUACCAUUUUUGGAGGAAGUAUCCUCAAACGAUCUUGCGUUGACAGAGUUGUUAUGGUUCUAUCACGCCAAGCGAGAGCAAUAUUUUCCGGCUGCGAAGAUCUUGUAUUCCUUAGCCAUUUCACAAUUCAAUUUGACAUUGAAGCAAAGAAUCGAGUACUUGUCUAGAGCAAAUGGGUUCUGUAACUGCACAUGCCCACCAAGCCUUAGACAACAAAUGAUCCAACUUUCUGCUUUGAUACAAGAGCUCUUUGAAGUUGCGAACAUCCAACUCGAUCUUUUGAAUACCAUCAAGAAUGAUAAGCGGAUCAAUAAGGAAAAUCAAGAAGUUGCAGAGAAAGCUCUAAAUUUCAAGGUCCAAUCUGCGAGCGAGUUGUUUAAUUCAUAUGCUGACCCAUUGGGUUACUACGAGAUUUGUUUUAUCAUUUUCAGAGUUUCAGAUUACAGAAACCCGGAUGACAUUUAUAAGCGUUGGGAAUUGUACUUUGAACGGAUCUAUCAUGAUUUCAUGACGAAUUCAAAGACUUCAAAACCAUUGUACAUGCUAAUCAGCGAUUCUCUUGCGAGAGUUGGUCAUAAAUUGUCUACAAAUGACAUUGUCUUCCCUGUGGAUAGAUUGAUCAAGUUGAUGUGCAAAUAUGUUCAGAAUGCUGUCGAAGAAGAUGAGGCUACUCAGAAGCCUCCAACAGGGGCAAUCGUGGACACAUUUGUCAAUGCAGGAGUGAGUUAUGAAAAGCUUUAUGUUACACUUAAGUCUAUGAUAGAGCAUGAUUCGUACGACAUGUACUCUGGCUUCAUAAAGUUCCUCAAGUCGAGUGAAAUGGUGUAUCUAAUCCAGAAGUGGUAUCACAAUGACAAGAACUUAAAGGACGCGGUUUCGAGCGAAGUGAUCGUGACAAUGACGGAAUACAGUGUUGAGAACGAUCCAAUCCACAAAUGGGUGAAAACACACAAUACAUUUAUCUGA